CUUAUAUUCCGUCUCCAAACUGCAGCUCAGCAUUCCCUUGAGAACCACAUCUUGCAGAAAGAGGUUUCCAAAAUCAAGAGACCGGCAAAUGAAUGCUUUUCACUCGGGCAGUUCUAACAGCGAAAGACAACGACCAAGAUAAGGAAGCAAACGUCACAGCUUUAUCCACACGCGCAGACAAAGAUUAAUAUGAGAUUCCAAGCGUGGCCGGGUCUGAGCGCUGGCGUGGCUGCAGGCCUCGCCGUCCUCGUCACGGCAAACCUCCUCGGGGUCGCUCAAGACUUCUUGGGCCUUCCGUCGGCAACGGCGGAGGAGGCUUGUCCCGCUUCUAUGAUUGGAGUCAGCAUUCCUUUUGAAGCACAUCUUCCAGAAAGAGAUUGGAGGUCAGCAUUCCUUUUGAAGCACAUCUUCCAGAAAGAGCGCUCCCAUGUGGAGGAAGGGAAACCGGACUCGGAGGGACGAGUCAAGCCCUUCGGGGAGGACUACUUCGGCUCCGCGGGCGAGGAACUCCUCAGGGAGAUGAACGCGGAGAACAUCGAGGAGUAUCUCAAAUACCUGACGAGCCAAGGUCACAUGGCGGGAACGAAGCAGGAUUUGGAGCAGGCGGAACACCUGAGGAAGCUGUGGCUGGAACAAGGCCUGGACCAGGUGUUCCUGCAGCCCUAUCAUGUACAGCUGUCGCAUCCCGAUUUAGCGAAGCCCAAUAAGGUCUACCUAAUGAACGAGAAAGGAGAAGCCAAGUUCACCUCCGCCAUCUUUGAGGAACCGCUCGACGGCGUCGCCUACGAUGACUCCAUCCCGCCCGCCUUCCUCGCCUUCGCGCCCGCGGGGACGGUCGUCACGGACGAGCUGGUCUUCGUCAACUAUGGAAGGUACGAGGACUUCGUGGCGGUGGAGGGGAUGGGAAUCAAGGUCGCAGGUCGUGUGGUGAUCGCCAAGUUCGGAUCCAUCUUUAGGGGAGAUAAAAGUUUUGAACGGCCGAGAGGUUCAACGCUUCAGGCAUUUAUCCUGUAUACCGACCCGUCCGACUACCACCCUGAGUCCGAAAGCGGUGGCCUCGCUUACCCUCACUCGCUCUGGCUUCCUGGAUCCGGCAUUCAGCGAGGCAGCAUAGUCGUUCACGAUGGAGACCCGACCACUCCGAACUAUCCGGCCCUCGAAGGAGUAUAUCGCCUGCCAGAGGACAAGACCGACUCUCCCAAGAUACCCGCCCACACGCUCAGCUAUAAUGACGCUCGCAAACUACUUGUUAAUAUGGGCGGACCGGAAGUGCGGGAAGAGUGGAAGGGUCGACUUAAUAUAACUUACAGAAUGGGUCCAGAAUUAGCAAGGAAAGGGUGGACUUUGAAACUGGAGGUGAAUAACAAGAAGCACAUCGUCCCGACCUACAACGUGAUCGGGCUCAUCCGGGGGUCCGAGGAGCCCGACCGCUACGUCAUCCUCGGGAACCACAGAGACGCCUGGACCUUCGGGUCCUGUGAUCCCUCAUCGGCAACGGCUGUGCAGAUGGAGCUCACUCGAUCUCUGGGGCAGCUGGUAAAACAAGGAUGGCGACCUCGCCGGUCCAUUGUCUUCGGAUCCUGGGGCGCAGGCGAGUUCGGGUUCUUCGGCCCUUGGGAGUGGGUCGAGGAGUACCUUAAGGUGUUCGAAAUGCGAGCUGUGGCGCAUCUUAACGUCGAUUUGGCCAUUAUAUACACAUACAACAUUCAAAUUUCAGCUACACCGCUGCUGCACAAGAUCAUCAAAGAAGCGACGAAGAAGGCUCCUGCUCCCGACAAAUCCCUAGGUUAUGAGACCUUGUGGGAUCACUGGACCUCCCGACACAGAGCCGCUUCUCCUGAACUUCUGGAUUGGAAACUGGGCUCAAUCAGCGAACACGCGCCUUUCUAUCAGGGCAUUGGCGUGCCGACGUCGUAUAUGGUGUGGGAAAUUAACUUUAGCGAGGUGGACUGGUCCGAUUACCCGCUCUACCACACUACGUUCGAGGACUUCGAUGCUAUGAAGAAUAUUCUUGAUCCAGAAUUUCGUUAUCAUCUGUCUAUGGGUCAUCUUUGGGGACUGAUGGCCAUCGGUCUUGCUGAUGCAAGGAUUCUUCCCAUGGAUCCUGAAGAUGAGACCAUAAUGCUGAAAAAGAUGAUAGCGGAUUUGAAGAAUGAGUUCGGUCAGACUUUGAAGCAGAAGGGCAUCUCUCUCACUCCCGUUGAUACAACUAUUGAUCACUUCAACGAUGUUGCACGAGAUUUCAACCGUCGCCUUGCCACAUAUACUAAUGUUUCGCCCCUUUUGGCUCGUCAGCUGAACGACCAAUUGCUGAUGUUGGAGAAGUGCUACAUCGACGCUGCGGGAAGUCCUCUCAGGCCACACAUGAA